CCCCGGUAACGUUUCCUCUUGACCCAUCUCUUCUUCUCUGCUGCCGGGGUUGUGUUUCUUUCUCUUCCGGUUGUCGUCUGUUCGUGUGGCAGAUAAACCAGUGUCGAAAUGGCAAAGUCCAAGAAUCACACCACCCACAAUCAAUCUCGUAAAGCCCACAGGAAUGGCAUCAAGAAGCCCAGAUCUCAGCGCUAUGAGUCUUUGAAGGGGGUGGACCCUAAGUUCCUGAGGAACAUGCGCUUUGCCAAGAAGCACAACAGCAAGGGACUGAAGGCAGCAAGGAAGGCAGCAGCAGCUGCACCGAAAUAGGCUGUGAACCAGUCACCUUCAUGUCUGCCUGUGUUCCAUGUUUCCACAAUAAAGCUAUGCUUUGUUAACAAAC